CUCUCCGGCUGGCGGCGACCGGGUUCUCCCUCCACACCCUCUCCCAGUUCCUGGCCCCCUUCUCCACCCACCCUCCGUACCUCCCUCCCUCCCGGGCGUGCCGGAGAAGAGCCGCAGCCUGCGCGCGGCCCAGGGCGCCGGGGGAGGCGGCGGCGGCGGCGGUGGGUGUGUGCGUGUGUGUGAAGGACGCCACCUCUUGCUCCUGCUUUCGCAGGCGGCGGCGGGCGGCGGGGCUUCUCGCUCCUGCAGCGGCGGCGACAGCGGUGGCGGCUUCCGGAGUCCCGCCGCGAAGAUGCUCAAAGUCACGGUGCCCUCGUGCUCCGCCUCGUCCUGCUCUUCGGUCACCGCCAGUGUGGCCCCGGGAGCCGGGAGCCUCGUCCCGGACUACUGGAUCGAAGGUUCCAACAGGGAUGCUUUGAGCGAUUUCUUCGAGGUGGAGUCGGAGCUGGGACGGCCUUUGACCAAUAGAGUGAUAUCCAGUUCAUUCUGCACUGACCAAGCUGCAUCAUUCCAGAGGAGGAACAGGGGUGCUACAUCCAUUGUGUACAGAUGCAAACAGAAGGGGACCCAGAAGCCUUAUGCUCUCAAAGUGUUAAAGAAAACAGUGGACAAAAAAAUCGUAAGAACUGAGAUAGGAGUUCUUCUUCGCCUCUCACAUCCAAACAUUAUAAAACUUAAAGAGAUAUUUGAAACCCCUACAGAAAUCAGUCUGGUCCUGGAACUAGUCACGGGAGGAGAGCUGUUUGACAGGAUUGUGGAAAAAGGAUAUUAUAGUGAACGAGAUGCUGCAGAUGCUGUUAAACAAAUCCUGGAGGCAGUUGCUUACCUACAUGAAAAUGGGAUUGUUCAUCGUGAUCUCAAACCAGAGAAUCUUCUCUAUGCAACUCCAGCCCCAGAUGCACCACUCAAAAUCGCUGAUUUUGGACUCUCUAAAAUUGUGGAACAUCAAGUGCUCAUGAAGACAGUGUGCGGAACCCCAGGGUACUGCGCACCUGAAAUCCUUAGAGGCUGUGCCUAUGGACCUGAGGUGGACAUGUGGUCUGUCGGAAUAAUCACCUACAUCUUACUUUGUGGAUUUGAACCAUUCUAUGAUGAAAGAGGUGAUCAGUUCAUGUUCAGGAGAAUUCUGAAUUGUGAAUACUACUUUAUCUCCCCCUGGUGGGAUGAAGUAUCUCUAAAUGCCAAGGACUUGGUUAGAAAAUUGAUUGUUUUGGAUCCUAAGAAACGACUGACUACUUUCCAAGCUCUCCAGCACCCAUGGGUCACAGGUAAAGCAGCUAAUUUUGUACACAUGGAUACUGCUCAAAAGAAGCUUCAAGAAUUCAAUGCUCGGCGCAAGCUUAAGGCAGCAGUGAAGGCCGUGGUGGCCUCUUCCCGGCUGGGAAGUGCCAGCAGCGGCCAUGGCAGCAUCCAAGAGAGCCAGAAGGCUGGCCAAGCACCGAUUCAGGAUGGCAGUGAAGAUGUUAAAUCUGUUUCUGAAGAAGAGGAAGUUCAAGGAGGUGGGGCCCAAGUGGCUGCUGAGGGGGCAGAGUCUGAGCUGAUGAAGGUACAGUCCAUAGGAGAAAUUAAAGAUGCUGAUUUAAAUGCUGCCAAGGCCACCAACAUGGUGCCCAAGGCCCUAGAAGAUGGCACAGAGGGGGCUGACCCGGAAAUAGAGAAAGGCCUCGUAGAGGAGAAGCUGAAGACGGCGGAGGAAGCAGGAGCCCCCAAACAAGGGCAAGAAAACCCAGCUGUGGUAUUUGGAGCUCAGCAGAAAGAUGUCAUCCUGCCAGAGUACUGAUUUGGCUUCUUUCCAGUUGGAGGCCAAAUUUGGGCACUUUGUAUGUAACGUUUUGUCCUUCAGCAAGGAAGGUGUGGAAGCAUGAUCUGCAUUAUAGUGAUUCUGUUUUUUGAGGUGCAAAAAAAUACAUAUAUAUCAGUUGGUAAUCCUAACUUCUUGCAUGUGACUGCUUUAUGAAAAAAUACUGUCUUCUAUGGUAUGUAAUGGAUACCUAAUGCCGAUGACUUAAAUUUGAAAUUGCGAGUAAACAACAUAACAUUUAAAAAUACACAUUUUCAGGGACCGGUAGCACACAUUUGAAGUAACUAGUAACAUUAUUUUUGCCAUCCUUUGGAUUUCUUCACAAGGCAGUAAUUCCUUUGGACUGUUGCUCAAGUAAUAAUAGGUAGUGCUGUAAGACAUGUUCCCAUGGCAUUCACAUUAUACUUUCCAGUGUGUUCAAACUGUACACGAGGAGACGGUUAUAGGCUAUAGUUUGGUGGUACAUACAAAAAAUCCCACUUACAAUGAUAAGGAAUUGAAGUGUACUUAGGGGCCAUGAAACAAAAUGCCCUUAAAGCUUGGGUAGCGAAUGCUUUCUUAUUUUGUCCUUAUUUAUACAUACUAUAUUACUAAUAACCGAAAAUGUUCUAUCACAAAAUCCUGCCAUUUUACAGUCCUGGAGAAAGUAUUUUACAAACUCCUGCUGAGGGAUAUAUGCCUUCCUUCUCAUGCUAAUACAGUUUCUUUCUCAUGGACAACCCUUAAGGUAGGCUAAAGAAAUUGAAGGAAGAAAAGGAGCUAAACCUGGACUUAAACUAACAAAGGCUGACUGCUAGUCAUUUCCAGAUAAAAUUGGAUUAAUUCAUGAGUCUGUACAACUUUAAAGACAGUGACAUUCUUAUGAAUAAACUCUGUUAUUUACCAAGUUUCAAAUAUUUAGAAAAACGUACCCCACAGGCUGGUGCCAAAAUGUCUGAAUAGAGUGAGAAUAAUAUACUAUUAUAAGAUCAUUCACUUUACUAGAGUAAGGAAACUUUUGUUUAUGAAGGUCCUUUUCCCCUUCAGUUGAUGAUUAUCUAGAUAUAUUGCUUAUGAACUAGAGAUAUUUCAGAAUAUCUGGUAUGUCUUUUUCUCAUAUUUGGAAUAGAAGUGCCCACAUUUUACAAUGUAGUUUUUUAGUUUCUAUGCCAAGAAAUUUAGGACAGUGCAAAGUUUUAUUUACCUUGAAAAAAGAGAGAGAGAGAGAUUGCAAAUCAGACUCACAAGAAGCCGUAACAUUAGACCUAAUACUUCACUAUGAUUUUUUUUCAAAGUAUUUUUCUUCGAUUUUUCAUAUGAACACUUUUCCCUUAUAGAAAUCACACUUAAAUUCCAAGUACUUCAUAUUUCUUUCUAGUUUGAGAUGAAGUGAACAUUUUUAUCAAAUUAUGCAUCACAUUGUAGGUUCCCUCAGUUUUAAAAAAGGAUUAUUUUCAGAGACCAAAAUGAUGGGCAAUAAAAAUGACUGUCACAUAAAAAUCUUCAUCAAGAAAAUAUCUUAAAUUCUUUUAGCUCUUUCUCAAAACUGUCAAAUUGGAAAAUGAACUUAAAUCUCUGAUUCCUGUGGGCUCCUGGACCUUGGUAGACAUUCUGCUUUCCAAGCAUAAAUCUUCCUUUACCGCCGUUCCCAUGAGAAGAAGAAAAGGUAGGACUUCUCAUCGUCCAUGGUUUAGGGGCCUGACGGGUCACCAACAUGGACAGAGGAAAAAGUCCUUAAAGAGCACAUCAUCUGGGCUCAGAAGAUUAUUUUUUGUUUUAUUUUUAUUAGCCAGUAGAAAGUACUUAUUUUCUCCCCUUUCUUUCCUUCCCUCUAUAUUCUCUCAGAAUUUCCAGAUUAGUGAUUAUAAAGGGCUCACUCUUUAAUCUGUAAGAAUGCCUUCUUCACUAAGCAUUAACAUUUCCAUUUAAGAAGAUCAGUUGCCUGGUAUACUUUUCCUAAUGAGAAGUAGCAGGCAGAUAGGGCAGGUGUCCCAUAUACUGGAAAAGGAGAGAAGAGAGGGAAAUGGACCUUACUGGACAGUGGCUUUGUUGGAAGAGCGUCCACCCGCACGGUGUUCCGAGGGCGGGCGGGCAGCGUUCUCUUCUCUGUCACCGGGCUGACUGCUGCCUGUGUAGCAGGAGCUCCAGCAGUAGCCAGUGCCCAAGGCCAAUGUGUGUUUAACAAUUUACCCAUUUAAAUGAGUACACAUACUUUUUCCUCAGCAAGUACUUGAGCAUCUGAGGGUGACUUCCUCUUUUUCUUUAACCUGUAAAUUGCAUUUUCUAAAGAUUAUGGAAGUUUGAAAAUUUGACUGUAAGAGAUGAAGUCCUGAUAAUUCCGAAAGACUAACUUUGUCAUUUCAGUGCAAAAACAAACAAUUGGUCAUUUCAGCCAAAUGAUUCAACCUAAGAUUUCACAGAAAUACAGCCUAAAUUAGGAUAAUUAGAUUAACCUUUUUGAAAGAACAGCAGACAUUUAUCUUGUUUAUUUAAAAGAUAUCUGUUACCUAUCUCAAAGAUUACUUAGCUAGGCGUGUUGAUGGCUCAGUUGGUUAAGUGGCUGACUUCAGCUCAGGUUAUGAUCUCAUGUUCAUGAGUUCAAACCCCGCACUGGACUCUGUACUGACAAGCUCAGACCUUAGAGCCUUUUUCAGAUUCUGUGCCUUCCGAAGCUCUCUGCCAACUCCCCGCUUGCCCUCUCUCUCUUCUCAAAAGUAAACAUUAAGAAAAAAUGCAAAGAUUACUUAGCUAAAUAAUGUAUACUAUUAUAGAGAGAGCCUUAAUUUGACAAACUACUUCAUAAUGUUACCUUUAAUUAAAACAAUAUAGUCACAAAGCAAAAACACUAAGGUUAUUUCAGCACAGAACAAUAAAUUAUGUUUUUCAUUUUUAGAACUGACAGUUACUACAUUAUUGAUUUUUGUUUUUCAAAUAAGUUCAGAUACAUAGCAUAAACAAGAGUAUUUUACCAUGAAGAAGGACAAUCUUGAAUUAUUUCUCCCAUUUAAAAAGUCUAGUCAGAAUCCCACUGGUUUUUUCAACCUUUAAGAGCCCAUUUGUCCCAUAAAUACAUAAAUAAGGUAGAACUUAGAACUAGGUUGUAGAAGUUAUCUAGAACAAGUGCUAUUAUCCCAAUGUAUAAUCAAUAUAAAAAAUUGAGAUAUUUUGAAUUUUUUUGUUUUUAUGCUAAGUUUUCAAAAUCAGGACUAUAGAUUACACCUUUAGGACAUCAAGUGCUCAAUAGCCACAUGUGACUGAUGGCUAAUGUUUUGGAACAAAACUGUUCUAGAACACUUCUAAAGCAAAAAUGACACAUGAAUUUCUAUGCUUAGAUUUGAGCUGCCUCAGUUUUCCACACUGAUGUGUUGGUAGGAGGCCAAAAACAAAAUGUCUCACAAAUGUCACAGACCGAAAUAUGUAAAAACUCUGUUGGCCACAUCUGUUUACUCAUGUGCUUCAAAGGAAUGUUUCCCAACAUGACUUUUAGAGAACAACACCUUCCUGGCCACUGCAAAAUUGUCUGUUUGCCACAGUCCCUCUAAUCCCACUUUGGGCCCUGGAAUCUUGACCGCCAGUUCGAGUCUCCUGAGUACCACCCUAACUUCAACAGUAUUCUAGUGCAUGAAAUCAUGUGUCCCCACCCAGGAGGGACCACACAUACAGACUCUUAAUAGGAUUUUGUAAGGCUGGACUGAGGUGGGCAUCAUUUUGUUUCAGGCAAUAUUUCAUUCUACAACCUUCCUGAAACAUACUAAAUUUGCAUGAUGAAGAUUAUAUGAGGAGGAUACAGAUAUCAUCCCAGUAACCCCCCCAAAUGAGAAAGACCAUUGGCUGGCACUUUUUAGAUUUCCUUAGAAUGGUUCAGUCAACACUGCCAUUAUACAUGGAUUCAAAGACUUAGAAUUUUCUUAUAUACUGCUAUUUUAGAAUAAUCCUCAAGGUUCUAGAGCCAUGGUUAGUGGCAAACUUAAAAAAGAAAGGAAUAGUUUGCCUAUUAUUGUGACCUCAGUUACAUAGUAUUUUAAACAUUUUUUCAAUUUAGAAUAUCUAGUAACCCCUAUUUCCAGUUUCACAUGCAAUAUAACUGUUGGUGGGUUGCCUACAGACGGAAGAUUUAAAGAGAGACAUUUUGUUUCAUAAUUCAGUUUUUAUUUCACAGAAGCAUGUGGUUCCAUUUCAAAUUGAAAAAAAAGAAGUAAAUGCCAGAAAAGGCAGAGUAAAAUUAGUAAACCAUUUAUUCUGUUCUAGGAUUGUUUUUGCUAAGCAAAUGCAAAAAAAAAAAAAAGAAAAGAAAGAAAGAAAAAGAGAGAAAAGAAAAAAAAGAAAGAAAAAGUCAACCCAGCACUUGGUUUUUCUGGACAAAGGCUGACUCCAUGUAAAAUGGAAAUAAGUAUACUGAGCAGAGUCAAUUACAUAACUACAAUGCCAUUAUGUAAUUUAUUUUCAUUGCAGAGUAUAGCCUGGUUAUGUAGGUCUGCUUUAGAUGGUGCAGAGUUUCCAGAUAUUUACCUACAUGAUCGGAUCUAUAAUAUCCUUACAAUCACUGUCUUUUCGGUCAUAUUCCAGUUUCCUUAGCAUUCAUCACAGAUAUGUUCCCGAUUAGAGUCGUUGCAUGCAGCCUUAAUAUUGAUAUUCCAAUAUUCAUAACUACAUGAUAAAUAGAAAUGUACCCAAUAAUUUUCUAUACAUUUUUUUCAAAGUCCUUUUCUUCCCCUGGCACAACUCAGGGUGAGUUUCUGGCUCCUUGACAAAUACAGGAAAGAAAAGAGCACUGGAGAGAUAUCAGCCACCCACCAUGGUUACCAGGUUCAGCAUUUCCUCUUUCUACAUUCUGAUCUACUAAGGACCAGUUUUUGUCAUUAUUACUCCUUUCAGAUAUCACCUAAGAUCAGAUAAUAUAAUCUCAGCUCACAAAGCCCAACCAUUUAUAUACUUACCUUGGAGAGCAAUAACAAACUUGACUAAUUUAUGUUGGCUUGUUUAAAAUUCCAAUUUUCAUAAAUGCUUGUGAUAUACUCUAGAGGAUUUGAUUGCAUGAUUUUAACUUCCUUCAAGACUCAGCCUUUUCCCUGUCACCUGGCCCAGAGGUCCACCUAGGGCAAAAUGGAAGCCUUGAAUGAGAGCGGACCAUCUGACUCCUUCACAGGAAUCAGACACUGCUCAGAAGACACUAGGCGUCUGACCUGGUUGAGCUUGAAUGAGCUAAAUGGAAGGAAACCUCUUCCCUUGCUCUGACUGAAAGUGAUGCUAUUUGAAUAUUGGUAUAUUGCCAUUAUUCAGUAUGAAAAAGUUGGAUUCCCCCAGUCAGUUACUCUUCCCUGUGUCAUGGUGUGCUAUCACUUGUCCCAACAAUGUUUUGCUCCGUCCUUCUGGCUAUCAGGCUGCCCUUGAGACUUGUGAGAUCCUCUAAAACCCUGGUAGGAGUAUCCCAGACUGGUUGGAGAAAUGGGGUUUCCUCAGUGGUCCGCAGUUUAGUUUGAAACUCUGGCAGUAAUGCUAAGACUACAAAAUCAUGCUUGUUAUUAUUAAUAAUUGUUUUCAGCACAUUUUGAAGACUGACCUGGAAAACCCAUGGAUAUGGAAUAUUUAUAUCUGUGUAAUUUUUGUUGUGACUCAUUGUUAAUAAUGACAUGUUUCAUAUUCAGUCAGUUAAAAUAAUACUAUUUUCCAUUAAAAAUACUGUUUUGGGGUAUUCCAAUACAAUAGGCUUAACAUCAGAAUUUUUGAAAGAUACUGUUUUCCCUAAGUGCUCUCACUCUGAUAAUCAGUUGUGGAUAAAAAUUUCCCAGGUUGGUCCUUUCUUUGUCCUUUCCUUGAUACAUGUAUAGUAGUUAAUCUGGUUUGUAAAAGAUACAAGUAAGUAUCACUCUAAAUUGAAAACUGUCAUCUUAUAACUGUGCCCUGUUAACCUGACCUAUCUUAUCGUCUAUCAUGCAGCGACUUACAUUAGCAGAGAGGACAAAUACCAUAUUCAUGAGGUAUUAUUUUGAUUACAUUUUUAUUGUUCAGGUUCUUAUGUUAGAAGUUCCCAAGGUGUUUCUAUUCGUAUACCCUUAGUCUCAGUAUUAUUUUCAUGGUCCUCCCAAAGCCAAAAGAGUCAUAUAACAUAUCCAUUUAUUAAGUACUGAGAUCCAAACAACAUAGUAUUGUAUUGCAUUCCAUAUCUGGUAGAUGUUGCUGUGUUUCCCUUGAAAUUUUAAAAUUUCUUGUAAGUUCACUAAGUGGGAACAGCAGACAGGGGUUUAAAAAGGUUUAAGUAAUUCCUUAUGCCCAAUGAACUAAGCAUAUAAGCAAGAGAUAUUAUUAUUAGUAAAUGAGUUAGAAGCUGAUGUUUAUACUUUCUUAUCUGAAUAUCAGUCAUUCUUUUAUCUAUGGUCUUUAUGAUAUACAUAUAAAACUCAUAUGUGCAUUUUUUAAAAAGCAACUUCCACAUAAUCACCCAAGGAAAUUAAAAUCUCCAAAGAAUAAUUUUCAGGAAUCAGGCAAACUAUGGUUCAUGGACCAAAUCCACCAGAGGCCUGUUUUUAUAAAUAAAGUUUUUAUUGGAACAUGACCAUGCUCAUUUAUUUAUAUAUUGUCUGGUUGUUUUCAUGCUACUUCUCUGUUAAGAAGUUUCAACAGAGACAGAACUGAAUAGCCCAGCAAAGCCUAACAUGUCUGGCUCUCUAAAGAAAAAAACCCUGGUGUUUCAUGGCACCUCAUGCUUUCUUGCUGAUAUCUAAGAAUAGAGAUUCCCAUGAUUUCCUCUACUUAAGGCUCUAAUUCCCAGAGGAAGCUAGGAGAGCUUUGUUUCUGUUGCAGAUGGUCCCACAACAAUAAUUGUGCUGUAUGUACAACUUAACACUGAAGUAACCUUAUAGAACUGAAAAUUCCAAAUGGUAUCAUUCCUAAAAAAAGGAAAUUUAGAAUAUGAACUGACUUGUUUCAGAGAGGAAUUAAAAAAGAUUUCUAACAUUUUGAGCAUGUUUUAGAAAUUUGAUCUUUAUAUUUAAAAUCACGUAAAUGACAUCUUACACUGAUAUUUGUUCACGUUUAAGUCAAUCUUCAGCUGUUAUGUUAGUAAACUAAGAAGUAAGAGAGCCUUUUGGCUUUGAAUUCUUCAGAAUAUUCUCAAGUAAUUUAUAACAACUGGAUUUUCAUUCAACCAAUUUUAGGAAAUAAUAUGCUUUAUUAUGUGGCUUUCUAUGACAAUGGCUGGCUCAUCAAUAGCUCACUGGCAGGCAAACAACCUUUUCUUUUAUGUAAGGAAACUACUUUCCAAUCCCCAUGUUUUUCUGAGGAUAUUCUGAGAGAUACUUCAUUUCUUUGAAAAGAGAGAAAUGCUUGCUUUUACUUUUCUUACAUAUUUAGAAAUCCAAGAAGGGCCCUUCUCUUAGUCUAUUUCUGUCACAGAGAAAUGAUUCAUUUCACAAUAUCUGCCUUAGGGGAAGCAGGUAACCCAGACAUUGAGAGAUGCAGGUGUGCAUGACCUUUGUUGACUUUGAACAUCUGUAGCCAAAGGUUACACAUGAAAUAUGGAGUAGAAAACCUAUUAUCAGCCUAUUAUUAGGAAUAUCUAAUAUUAUAUCAUGGUUCUAACUAAAUAAGAUACUGUUUUCUUUAAAGCUGUUGCAGUAAUUAAUAAUACGAUGUACUGCUGGGAUACACUCUAGGACUCAGGAGAAGAAGAGAUGAGUUGCUGCCGCUGCCUCAUGGCUGACGUGCAAGGCCGAGACAACUGGAACAGGAGAGGCAAGAGAUCAAAAGACUAGGAUUUGACGCUCUCACCUGCCCAUGUUAUUGAUUGGUCAGAGCUUGAAGGCAGUUGUUAAUAGAUUUACAUUCACAUUUCUACAUUUCUCUCAAUAAUUGGGUCACCCACUUCCCUUAGAAAUGAAUCAACCAAAGUCAGUAGCUAAUUUUCCCCUCAACCAUAAAUUAGACAGAAGUACUGGUUUAGGGGAUAUUAGGCCUAUAUCACAAGCACACUUUAAGGAAAUGAUUUGCCACUUUUGAAGCUUCCUAGUAGUGCAUCUCAGGCACCCAUUUUCUCAGUAAACUUUCAUGAGAAACAGUUAUGUAGAAUGAAGGAAUCAGAUGAAUUAAGCCCAGUGCUAUAUCCUCUAAGAGUGAACUUUUUACUUGGAGAGAAAAAAACAUGUGUACGCCGCCUGUGCCAAAUCUAAGCGAGGGAUGAAGUCCUCUAGGGAUGGAUAGAAGAAAAACCCAUCUGCCUGGAAUGAUGAUUGAGGAAAGCAUGAGAACAUAGGCUGGAUUUGAAGAUGGGGAGAGUAUUUGCAGGAAGGAAGGAGGAAGGGGCCAGGUCUGGCUGAGAAAUCUACGGAGUGGAAAAAUGCCAAGAAAAGUGGUGAAGGGGCAGUUCCGGAGUCAGAGGUCAAACUCUGCAGGGAAGUGUCACUAAGUUUGCAGAAGAGCCUUGGGUCUUGGGCAAAGUUUAAUUGGACAUUCUCACUCCUUUCUUCUGGGUGCAUAAGUGUGCAGCAUUUCCUUCAAGCAUCUAGCCCUCUGUGAUCUCCUACAUAGAGAUUGGCUAAUUUGGUGCAUCCCUAAUUAGAAUUUAAAAAAAAUCACCCAACACAUGGAAGACAUUUUUCAAGUCACUAGUUGAAACAAAGCCUCUGUCACUAAAAGCAAAAACUGUGCUGGUGAAGUCUGAGAGUAGACAAUGAUAGUGAUUUCUGAGUAAGCUUUGCAAAACUGCAAUAUCAGAAUAACUCCGUGACUUGCAAAUUGCCUCUUUGCCAAAGUGUGGCCAGUAGAGGCCCACAUCAAGGUUCCUUCUGCCAUAGUCAUAUUCACCUUUAAAUGAUGAGACCCGAAAGGGCGAGCCCCUAGAGUCACACCUUAAAGUUUAGACUUCGAGAUAACUUCUUUGAAAAAGCUAAGUCCCAGACAACCAAACGUGAAAUUUUCAGAACUGCUUUUCCCAAACUUGGGGCUGGUCCUGUCAAGGCCUUUCUUCUACCUCUCCCUCCCUCUUGCCUCUUUAAGCACCCUUCUAUAAAUCUCUUUUUAUAACACUCCUUGCAGGCAGCAUUUUACAUCCAUCUUCAAGAAACUUAUUUUUAAAUAUUUACCAGCUAGAGUUAGAUUACAGUAUAUACACUUUUAGUAGUCUUGCCCACUUUGCUGUCUCAGAUAAUGUCUGUGAUAAGUGCAUUACUCCUCAGGGCAAAUGGAAUGACAAAGGAUGGGACAAAGAAGGGACAAUGGUCGGCUGUCACCUGAGUGAUGAAAAAGAAGCAAAGACAGAUAACUGUGAGUACACAGAAAAUGCAAGUUAGCAGGCAUUGAGAAAGGAAUACUUCCUACCAGGGUUUUUCAGGCUUAUGACAUGAGCUGGUUUGUCUUUUUUAGUUUGACCUAAAGGAAAAAUUUGUAUUCCUGGGUCGUUGGAUAUUUGCUGGACUAAAGGGACAUAAGCUCACAGCAGCAUGGAAGAUUAGAUUAAUGGAAUACCGUUACAUACAGGAAAACUACAUCUCCAGUAGACUGCCAGUCAUUAGCCAGAAACAAGUGCAUGUAGUAUCUGGGGGACAAAGAAAAAAAUAUAAAUAUUUCAGUUUACACAGCCAAUCCCACAGGGUAUUUUCCCAAUGUCUGAAAAGUACAGAAAAAGGAGCUGUGAACAUUUCAUUUCUAAAUCUGUCAAAAUGGUGCUAUUGACUCCUUCAUACAGAGAUAUAUUAUAAUAUUUUUUAGGUAAACAUGUAAGCCGACCUAGGCCAUAAUGUAAAUACAGAAAAUGUUUGUAGAGAAUUCAUCCAGAUCAUACCCGUUUGCUUUUGAUUGAGCUACCCUAUUCUUCAAUGGCAGUGACUUGACCAGAGUUCUGCUUCCCACAGAUGGGACGCAGAGUCCUUGGCACUCUCAGCUACCCAAACCUGGGGUAGGCAACAUGAAAGCCAGAGACAGCUGCUGCUCCUUGGACUUGGAUUAGAUGACUAAAUGACUAAACAUGUUCAUUUUUUGUUGUUUCCUAGGAACAUAAAGGAAGAAUAUGUAACAUGUAGCAAAAUGGAUGUUGGUAGACUGUUGAAACUGACCUCAGUGAGGGCCAAUGUUACUUGUGCUAGUUCACCCAGAUGUGUCAGAGCAUGCCAAAAGAAGCAAAUACCUUACUGCUGCAAAAUCUGUAAAGCGAUCUGCAUGUACAGUAUGAUAAUAAAUCAUCUAAGAGCCCACCAAAA